UCUAUUCUUGUGAGGACAACUUCAGUCAGGCCCUCUACUCUACCCUGACCUGCAACAGGUUCAGUGGAGGAGUGCAGGCUUCUCUUAUAUCUUUUCUUCUAUCCAGGCCCUGACCCUUUAAAAUCUGAAGGUUUUUGCAUGGUCGUACAUUCUCACUUCUUUCUAGCAGGUUGCACUCUCUGCCCUGGCUUUAACACGCGUGGGCGCGCUUCUUUUCCCGCUGAGGACGUUGUGCCGCUAGCCGGAACCUCCAUCAGAUAUCAGGAACACUCUGCAGGGAAGAAUGAUGCUACCGGAGGCUCCCUGUUAGAGUUGGAAGCCCCCCAACAUGAAUUUAAGCAGAUUCUCAACCAGGAUUCCGCUCUCAGCGAAUUCCUCCGGACGGGACCGUCAUUGUUUUGUGGACAUCAUUGCGGCAGGAACAGAGGUCACAGUAGUGGUUGCCUACCAUGGCGUCUGACUCUAGCAAAUUGGAAGAUGCCAUUGAACUACUGGUGCGCAAUUUCUAUAAACACGCCGGAGGAAAUGACAAGAUGAACAGGGAGGAAUUCCGAAAGAUUAUCACGCAGGACCUUCACCACAUCCUCACGUAUACUGAGGACAAGGAAGCUGUCGACAAACUCAUCAAGUCUGUGGACAAAGACAAGGACAAGAAGAUCAGUUUUGAUGAGUACUGGACUCUGAUUGGAAUGAUUGCCAAGAUGCUGAGCCAAUAUAGUGCAAUGCAGUGUCAAGAAUGACACUAAAGAACGAGGAACAUUGCAGUCCUCCAUCAAACUGAGCAGGACGCUCCACAUAGAUCAUGGGAUCACAAAUCUGAGGCUACAGUAUUUUGGUUUCCAAUCCGGUUAGGUUAAAAUUUUCACUUUCAUUGUUUACACAAACUUCACUUUGGAUAUAUGUUACUAGAGCCAAGGAACAAGUCCAUGAAUAUCUCCUCCUAUCCGUGACCUUGUUAUGCUGAAUGAUCAAAUUUCCUAUCGACUCCUAUUAAGGCUUCUUGUUUUAUUAUCACUAUUAUACUUCUAAUUUGUAAGGCACAUUACAGCCGAUACAUAAUAGUGUACGGGUGGAAUAUAUACGCACUGGUGAUCAGAUCUUGUAAUUUGCAA